UGCGCCGCCGCCGCUGCCGCUUGUUAUUCGGCGAUUCUAGGGGUUCUUGUUCUGCGCUUCCGAGGCUUGGGGUCGAAGUCGUUCUCCGAUUGCGCUUCUGGGGAGAACUGCUGUCUCUGGUCAAGAUUUAUAUUGAGUAUUCCUACAGAGCUUUGAUCCAACCCACCUUCCCAAGCAGCUCUCCAAGGGUGCUUUUGAAGAAGAGUCAAUUAGAGGCCCAUUGGAUGCUUUGACCACUACUGCACUGUGUUUCCUCUCCAGCACAAGAAGAACGUGGGGACGUUAGGGCACAAAGAUGUCUUCGAAGCUCAGGAUAUUGGUGCCCGUCAAGCGCGUCAUUGACUAUGCCGUCAAGCCCCGCGUAAAAUCCGACCGCACGGGCGUCGAGACGUCCGGGGUGAAACACUCGCUCAAUCCCUUCGACGAGCUCUCCAUCGAAGAAGCCGUGCGGCUGCGCGAGCGCAAACAGCCGGUCGAAGAUAUCCUGGCCGUGAGCGCGGGCCCUGCCAAGUGCGCCGACACCCUGCGCACGGCCAUGGCCAUGGGCGCGGACCGGAGCAUCCACGUCGACGUGCCCGAGGACAAGCCGCUUGAGCCGCUGGGGGUGGCGAAGCUGCUCAAGGCCAUCGCCGAGAAGGAGCAGAGCAACCUGAUCAUCCUGGGCAAGCAGGCGAUCGACGACGACGCGGGCCAGACGGGCCAGAUGCUCGCGGGCCUGCUGAACUGGCCGCAGGCCACGCAGGCGUCCAAGGUGUCGAUCGACAACGACACGGUGACGGUCGAGCGCGAGGUGGACGGCGGCGUCGAGACCCUGCGGGCCAAGCUGCCCAUGAUCAUCACCACGGAUCUGCGGCUGAACGAGCCGCGGUACGCGAGCCUGCCCAACAUCAUGAAGGCCAAGAAGAAGAAGCUGGAGAAGAAGACCCUCGGCGACUACGGCGUCGACGCCACUAGCAGACUCAAGACCAUCAAGGUCGAGGAGCCCCCCGUCCGGCAAGGUGGCGGCAAGGUCGAGGAUGUCGACGGUAUGAUCAACAGGCUCAAGGAACUGGGCGCCAUUUAGGUGCAGGUGGGCACAAAUGACUUAAAAUUGGGCAUUUAUAGGCCGAGGGGGGAAUAAGACUGCUGCGUCGUCGUUGUGGGAGGCCCACGAUCGCACAAAAUCUACACAUGUACUUUGGAGGUGUCGUACCGGGGCGAAUCGGCAUGGGCGCAAAUACCAAAUACCUACUGGCACCGUAUACAUAAAGGCACGGAGUCCAUCUCCAGAAGCAUUAGGACAAUCUGUUUUCGAAGCUCGUUCGUAUUACGACAGCCAUGGCUGUUCAGCCUUCCAGGCCCUGUCUCUCACAGGAAAUGCUUUCUAGUGUCUGUGCUGUCUUGUAC